UUUUCAGAUGGAGCAAUCAUAUCCAUCAACGGUUAGCGCCACAUUGACGACGGAAAACUUAUGGCGAAAAUUUUAUCAACACACAACGGAAAUGAUUGUCACCAAAGGUGGACGGAAAAUAUUUCCGAAAAUUGAGUACAAAAUAUUUGGAAUGAAGCCUGAUGAACCAUAUGCAGUUAUGUUGCGAAUCGAACGAGUUGACGAAAUGAGGUACAAAUUCAGUGCAGGAGAGUGGUCCACGAAUGGUAAAGGAGAAAUGCAAACGACAUCCAGAAGCAUUCCCCAUCAUGAUGGGGCCGUUGACACCGGAAGGGCAUGGAUGAGUAAAACAGUAUCUUUCGACAGAGUUAAAGUGACUAACAAUCAACUCGACAACGAUCCAUUUCAUGUUAUUCUCCAAUCUAUGCACAAAUAUAUUCCGGUACUGUACAUCUACCACAUGCCAAAUUCGAUAAUGUGGAUGGAUCAAAAUACGCCGGCUUUGGAUCCGUCAUGCUUGGUCGCGGCAGUCAGAUUCGAAUUUACCGAAUUCAUUGCCGUCACCGCCUAUCAAAACAAUGAAGUUACUCAGCUCAAAAUCUGCCACAACCCGUUCGCCAAGGGCUUCCGCGAAGGUUCGGAACGCGAUCGUAAACGAGCCUCUACCAGCCCCACCUAUAGUGAACCAUCGCCAAAACGCAUUUCCCCGUUGAUGGAAAUGAAGCCACCAAAGUUUGAAAGUUUGCCCACACCGGGUAGUCCCUUCCUAUUUCCAUGGGCCACUAACACUGACCCUAGCCGACCGAGGAGUAAUGAGCAACAGCAAUUUCCUAUGCAAUGGUAUAACUAUUACCAAAACCCGUUGUAUCCGACUUUCCCCUAUUAUUAUCCUUAUAUGCCAAAUUGCUACCCUACAUCGUCACCUGAAUGUGCUCCAUAGAGUAUUAUUAGUAUAAUUAGAUGUAUUUGGAAGAUUAUUGAUUUUUGAACAGGUUCGAGAUGUGCCCAUGAGAAGUAGCGUUUUUCGUAGAAAUGGGGAACUUUGUCCCCAUUCAACCUCACCUGGUGAGCUAUGGAGCUAGAACAGAAUUGCCGCUUAGGGCUUGUAGUCUUAAUUGUAACUUGCCAGCUAUCUAAUUUUGUUCCAUGCUUUCACUGACUGGUUCAGUUACCCAAUUUCGUAACUUUGAGAAAUGCUCCUUUCAUAUUCGUUCAUUCCAUAUGCUUUACGGGCAAUAUAUCAGAUACUCCGUCACGCUCCAGACUGAUCUUUAUGUCUACGAGUACGUUUUCAAUUUAGAUUACGUAUGCUACAUUUAU